UUAUGGGUAUUGUGUUCAAUUUGCUUCAAACGAACAAAUACUCUACAAAAAAUAUAAUAAACUGCUUUGUUAUAAAACAGUUAACAAUAUAUUUUUACAUACCUAUAUGAAGAACAAACGUAGGACUUAACAAAGUGUUGCAAAUGUUGAUUGCGAAACGAAUUUCCUUGUUGCAAGUAGAAAAAUAAAGACAAAAUGUUAUGACGUUUAGGUAUGUAACACGAAAGGCUUUUGUUAUGUUUUUAUUAUGAUUUUGCUUUGUUUUACUGGAUUGAUGCAAAUACUGAAUUAACAACGGGACUUAGAAUUUCGCGCCGGUGCUAAAUUCCAUGGUGUGUGGAACAGACUCAUAUAUACAUAUGCCAAGUUCUUGUUCAAAAAUCUUUGAUUUUUCUUUCUCCUCCUGGCUUUAAUCCCGAUUACAUCUCUUUGUUCUUGUUAAAAAAAUAAAUCUAAUAUUUUGUAAUAUGCAUAAAACACAGUGAAACAAACUUAUGACCUAUUGUAAUGUUUAUACAUGUGACGUAGAUCAACGUUAAGAUGCGGUUUACCACAAAAGUUUAAUUAUUAGCUUACAUUACAUCCCAGCGCUGCCAUAUUAAUUGUGGUUUCUAGAGGCUUCUAGGGGUAAAAAAUAAUUCUGAGUACAAUCUUCAUCCUCUUGACAGUCCUGGUUGUGUGCUCACACUCUAAGAAGGAGUCAGCCUGAGACCGCGAUCGUAGAUUUUAUAAAUCAAGUUCAAAAACUAAAAGCUAAUAAAAUAAAUAAUCUAGAUCUAAAUAGCUGAAAGGGCCAUUCAGUCUUUUCAAGACUGUUAGCUCUGUCUACCCCGCAAGGGAUAUAGAUGUGACCAUAUGUAUGUACGUUUGUAGAUCUAAAUGUAAAAAAAUAUCAUUUGAACUACUAAUAUACUAUAUCACUAAACAUUCAUAUUGGAAAUAUUUAAAUAGUGGACUAGAUCCCGCUUCACGACCACACUGAAACUCGACACUGUGAUAAUAUAAUCUUGUUCCGUCAUUAACUCAACAAAUACAUUCGCAGCAUCCAGUGAAGAGGAUGUUCUAUGAUCGUCACGGCAUUUGUAUUCAAUAAUGAGUAUAAUAUAUGUAUUAUGUUUAAUGGUGAAGUUAGUAGUGGGAGUGAUUGGUGAAAAUAAACUCAGUUCACCUAAUAUAGUGUUCAUAAUAGCGGACGAUUUGGGUUGGGACGACGUCAGUUUCCACGGCUCGGAUCAGAUCCCGACGCCCAACAUCGACCUGCUGGCGUAUACGGGGGUCGCCCUGCAGCGGUAUUACUCCCACGCCGUGUGCUCGCCGUCGCGGGCCGCCCUCCUCACGGGGAAAUUUGGACAUAAGCUUGGUAUGCAAGGUUAUCCUUUGACUAAUGGUGAAGAUCGGGGUUUGCCUAUAACUGAAAAAAUACUUUCGCAAUAUUUAAAAGAACUUGGUUAUACUACCCAUUUGGUAGGCAAAUGGCACUCGGGCAGUUCACGGAAAAAAUAUCUGCCCACUGAACGAGGAUUUGAUAGCUACUUCGGACACAUAUGCGGCUACAUAGACUACUAUGAGUACGUGCUAGAGGAAACGUGGGAAUCAGGACAAGUGUCUGGAAUGUGUCUGUAUAGAAACACCACACCAGCAUGGGACGUCGAAGGCUACAUCACUGACGUGUAUACAAAAGAAGCCGUUUCAAUAAUAAAAGAUCACGACACAUCCAAACCAUUGUUCUUGACCGUCGCUCACAAUGCGCCUCAUUCGGGGAACGAUCCGGCAUUAAUGCAGGCCCCGCCCCAAGAUGUGAGGGCCAUGCGUCACGUAGAACUGCCGGAAAGACGAAUUUUAGCAGCAAUGAUCAAAAAACUCGAUGAAAGUGUCGGUGACAUUAUGGACGCAUUGCACGAAAAAGAAAUGUUGCAAAAUACUAUAAUUGUGUUUGUGUCGGACAAUGGGGGCAUGACCUCUGGAGACUCCUUAAAUUAUGGAUCCAAUUGGCCCUUGAGAGGGAUUAAAAUGAGUCCUUUUGAAGGAGGUAUCAGAGUCACUGGACUAAUAUGGACCUCGACGUUAAACCAUCAUGUGUGGAAUGGCUGCAUGCAUGCAGUAGAUUGGCUUCCUACUUUAAUGAAAGCAAUAGGAGCUGAUGUGCCAACAGAUAUAGACGGGAUUGAUCUUUGGAAUCAAAUUUUAUCAAAUGAAAACACUACUAGAAGUAAUAUAUUUGAUAUAUAUGAUCACACUGGACAUUCCACAGUUAUAUCAGGAGAAUUCAAAUUAGUAACUGGUAAUGUUAACUUGGAGUAUAGCAAUUAUCAGGGAGAUGGUUUGAGAGGUAUAAUUGGCAGUGGAAUUUCUUACGAAAAUUCUAUUAAAAAUAGUAAGAUGUACUCAAUUUUAGAGCAAAUUGGUAAACCCUUCAAUAUAAGUGACAUUUAUUUAAGAAAUAAUCUUAAAAUUGAUUGUAAAGGGAAAAUACGAGAUAGUAAAACUGUUUGUUAUCCUCAAAAUGGUAAAGCGUGUCUUUUCAACAUAGUGGAUGAUCCGUGCGAGACAAUGGACUUAUCUGAAAAAUAUCCAGAUACUUUAAAACGUUUGACAGACAUACUACAAGUAGAAGUAGAUAAGAGAGUACAUCGCCCAGUUCCUCCGUAUAGAGAUCCAAGAGGAUUACCCAAGUUAUUCAAUUAUACGUGGACUAUGUUUGCGGAUUACUUUUGAUUUUUUUACGCAAUAAUAGUGUACUUAUUAGAUAAGUGGCAUGAAGUUUGUAAGAAAUGUGAUACACAUAUUGUAUAGCUAGUUCAUUUUAUCAAGAAAACAGAUUACUUAUUUUGAUCUCGACAUUUUUAGUCUCCGAACCCCUAUAAAGAUAACAGUACGAGGUUGCAGUAUGCAGCCCCCCUAGUGAGGGCGAUGCGUCACGUCUGCAGUGGCCGAUCUUUGCAGCUAACGAUAAUUUAUGAGGCUAUUAUCCUUUAAAAUUGAAUUUUGUUACAAUAGAAAACGUGUUUAAGCGUGGUUUUCCAGGUGAACAUUUCUUAGAAGUUAUAGGUAGGUUCAGUUGGACGACAUGGAUUAUAUAUUAUUUUAAGUCUUUAGGAAUUAAUAGUGAAAGCUGUAAUAUUUUCAUUUUAAAGUACGCAAAAAGGAGGUAUGAGAUAUUUUCAAGAGAGGCUCUUGAAAAAGAUACAGAGCAGAACACCAUAAUUACAUUUGUUUCGUAUAAUGGGGGCAUGACCUCUGGCGUAACGAUGAAUUAUGUAUCUAAUUGGCCUUUGCGGGGACUGAAAAUGUCCCUUUUUCAUGCAGGUAUUAUGAAUCGCCGCUGUUUAUUGAUCUUAUUUGUACAUCAUUUUGUAAUCAAAGGUUACAUAAACUAAAGGAGAACCUGAUAUUUAUUAUUUACCUGUUAUAAAAUUUAAAAGAUCAUUUCCUUCUGCCUUUCAAACGAAAAAAAUAACUCCGGGGGACUUAUUGCCACGUGAAUUAAGAAAGGUACCCUUACAAAAAAAUUGUUUAAUUAAAUAUGAAUUACUAGAUAAAAAUUAUAUAUAUAACGUAAAAGUCAUUGAAAAAAAUCAUAAUUAAACAUUGUUUUUCAGAAUUUUCACAAGGAUGACAUUUCUGUGUCCAUUACUGCACAGUUUAAAAUAAACUAGGUAUAUAAUCUACUACUCUUUUUCGUGUGUUAUUUGUUGUAGCCUAAACCAAGUUGUACUCUAAACCAUUGCGUUUCGGAGCCUUCGGAGCGGAGAAUCAGCUUAAAAAUACCAGUAGAAAAUAUUUCAAUAAAUUACAUCAUACCAAAGCAUCAUACUGUGAAAUAUUUAUAAAGAUUGAUGUAAAGUACCUACAGUGUUAGCGAGUUCGGCUUUGAUGUGAUUAAUAAUUCCUGGAGUUCUGAACGUAAGUACGUUUUCAACUAACUGUGGAGUUCAUAAAUUAAUAACAUAUGCUACAGGUGAAACCAACCUGAAAUAAUUUUUGCUCUAAUCUUUUUGUUGAUAAGAUACAACAUCUUGUAUCU